AUGGCCGGCGCCUGUUCAAUGUUGUGCUUGAUCAUCAUCACAAUCUUCAUUCCACCGCUUGGCGUUUUCCUCAUUUCCGGCUGCGGCGUUGACUUUUGGAUCAACGUUCUGCUCACCAUUCUUGGAUACUUCCCAGGCCACAUUCAUGCAUUCUACCUCGAAUAUGUCUACUACCAGCGUCGCGACCGGGAUCCCUUGACUCGCGCGUCGCAGCGCCCGGCUCCCGGUGUCUACUCGGAACGCAUCCAGAACGGAGGUCACUCGAAUGCCCGGAACUAUGGCACUAUCUAA